GACACUUCCACUGUCGUUUUAGUUGCAAUCACAUCGUGAAAAUUCUUUUUCUUAUAUCUCUUGUGCAAAACUACCCAAUUAAUUCCCAAAUUGUGUCUCAAACUAUCAACUGUGUACCUCUUGUUGUGUCCAAUUGCAUGUAAAUAUGCUGGUCGUGGUGGGAAAGCCAUGAAAAUGUGUAAAAAGUGACCGUGAAAAUAUUAUUCCCAUCUGAGGCGUUGGUGCAGCAAAAGCAGAAAAAAGGAACAUUCCAAAGUUCGAGGUGUCGUUGAGUGUUGCGGAAGACACAAGAUAUCGGGAGACAUGUAGAAAGAGAAGAGAGAAAAAAAAGCUUAUCGUCACGGAGACUUAUCAAUAAAUCACUUUGAUAGCGCCCGUCACGCCAGCACAAUGGGCCAGUCCUCUAGUCAGCAGUUGGGCCAGCGCAGUGGCCGGAGUGCCAGUGUCGGUGGGACACCCAACCGCAUGCGUUUCCGUUCGCCUUUCAUGCGGCGCAAGAAGCACAAGGUGCCCCUUAGUGCGGCUUUCGCGGCCCCCCACAUGGGUAGCCUGGAGGCCCUCAAUAUCAACACAGCCACCGUUGAGCAACUCAUGACACUACCUGGUGUCAAUCGACGCAUAGCUCAGUGUAUUGUGGACCAUAGGGCAGCCAUUGGGGGUCAAUUUCAGCGUAUCGAUGAUCUGGCACUUGUACCAGGUAUGGGGGCUGUGAAGCUGGAGCAGAUACGUCCGGAGAUUUGUGUGAAGAGAAGACCAGGUGGCUCACUGCAGGGAUCCUCACUCAGUUCUAGGACCCCUUCAAUGGAAUCCCUCCUCUCAGAACCAUCCCUAACAUUUCGUCCUGGUCUCCUAAAUGUCAACACCGCAACGGUAUUCCAACUGCAGCAGGUGAGUGGUCUGAAUCAGGAGUUAGCUGCAAAUGUUGUGGAAUACCGCAAGCGGAAGGGUCCCUUUAAGUCUCUCGACGACAUGGCGCGUGUGAAGGGGCUAUCACCAGCACGUCUGGGUGCCAUUCGGGCACUUCUCAGUCUAAGUGACGAUGAAGCCACACCAAAGACCCCACGACUCCUGAGGCACUCGUCAACGGUGUCGUCGAAUACAACUCCUAUCCGGAAUGGGGGGAUACGCCCGAAUUUAACGCCAAACCGGAAGUCUUUGUCCGUUUCGGCAAUUCGUGUCAAUGGAACCCCACUCACGGGACUCAAUGGGUUCCGAAAUGUGCCUGUGAAUGACAUCUAUGACCUUCUGGGGGCCUAUUCGCAUCGCCCCACUGUCGAGGGGGAUUUUCAGUUCAGCCGAAAUGGCAGGAGAGCCCUGAGGGUUGCAUCGUGGAACCUCGAUAGAAUGACAAAAGCCAAAGCUGAGAAUCCAGGUGUCCUAGAGGUUAUCUGCAGGACAAUCCUGGAGAAUAAACUAUCCAUUAUCUGCCUUCAGGAGAUCCUCCAUGCAUCCGCCCUGGCGAGAAUUUGUGAGGAGCUGAAUCACCCAACCCUCCGGAGGACGAUAGAAUGGCGCGAGAAUUCUCGCCAGUGGAAAAUUCAAACUUCCGGACGGGAUAGCCUCCUGUGUGGGUUGGGCUUUCUCUAUGAUUCCGCUCAGUGUGAUUUUGUGGAGGCCGAAUCGAAGGCAUUGGACCUCAAAGGGUGCCACGAGGGGGUACUGGAGGUACCACCAGCGGCCUACAUGGCCACCUUCCGUCUCGCCUCGUGGCGCCUCUCCAUCCUCAACAUCUACCUGAAGCACUACAAUUUGGCCCGCAUUGCUUCGGUGCUGGGUGCAGUGGCAGAGCAAACAGGGAAGCAGGAGAUCUUCCUUGUUGCCGGAGAUUUUUCCGGAGUACGUCCAAGGGCUAAGGAAGGCUACAAAGGGUGGGAGGCAGUUGGCAAAGUAUCUGAUACACGUUUAGGGAUGACUGUUGAUGUGGAUGAGGUGAAAUUCUACAAAAUGUUGGAUGUGAAGACCACAGCGUUCUAUUCUGAGGAUGCUCUGGAUGUGAGUCAAUGCAACAUUCUGUGCCGGGAAUCCCUACCAAUUCACAGGAAUGCCUUCCGGGAGGCCAUCUACAAGAGUAAGAGCCUCUUCGACAAGGAACUCCUGGCCAAGGUGCCUCCUGUGCGUGGGAGUGCCUCAGAUCGUCUCACGGGGCAUGCAGCCAUCAUUCGGCAGGGCUUGUGCCACAUGGCAAUCCCACGUGGAUGGACCUGGGGUGGUCCAGCAUCGGAGUACUGCCCGGUGUAUGUGGAGGUGUACCAGGAUGCAGCACAACAGGGUGAUGGUGCGCAUGUCACCACAAAUGGGGAUGCCAGCAGUGAUCUCAACUCGAGCACAGACUCUGUGUUCGUCUCGCCCAAGUGACCAGCCGGCCGGAACCAUAAGAUUUUUAUUUUGCAACGAUUCUGUGUAUUUUAUCGAGAGAUUUUUUGAAGGCGGGAGAUUUUGUAAAUAUUGUGAAGAACUCUACUGACCGUGUUGUUUUUUCGAUGAGUUUUCAACGAUUUGUUACAUUGCAGAUGAUAAAUAAAAUUUUAUUUUACACA